AUGCACCCGUCUCCGCCCUCGCCAACCGCGACAGUCCACACGCUCGUCGACAGCGAGAUGGACCUCGCGCCGGCUGCUCCUCCACUCGCCAAGUCGCUCUCUCGCCGCUCACAGCUGGACGUGGUCGACCCCGACGAACGCGCUGCGUUGGAAGCUCCUGCUGAUGUCAUCUGGGUCGACUGGGACGGGCCAGACGAUCCGGCGAACCCGUUGAACUGGAGUCGACGACGAAAAUGGAUCAUCUCGUCGGUCGGGAUCCUCUUCUGCGCGCUCGUCUCGCUCAGCGUGUCCGGCUACUCGAUCGCGGAGGCAUCGGUUCAGGCAGAGCUGGGCUGCUCCAAAGAGCUUGCGCUGCUGGGAAUCACUCUCUUCACGAUCACGUUCGGAACCGCCCCGCUCCUCCUCGCGCCUCUAUCCGAAGUCUACGGCCGCUCCUACAUCUACCUCGCCUCAGCCAUCAUCUUCGCCGUCUUCUUCAUCCCUCAAGCACUCGCCAAGAACAUCGAAACAGUCCUCGUCUCGCGGUUCAUCUCGGGAAUCGCGGGGUCGACGGCGGUCUCGCUUGUGGGAGGGACGCUGGCUGAUGUUUGGAGGGGAGAGGAACGAGGGACGCCGAUGGCUUGGUUCUCGUUCAGCGCGUUCGGAGCCACCGGCCUCGGCCCCGUCGCCUUUGGCUACGUCGCGCAAAUCAAAGGCUUCCGCUACGUCUCCUGGAUCCUGCUCGCCGUCUCCUCCUUCUUCGCCCUCAUCCUUCCCUUCAUCCUCGACGAAACCCGCGCUUCCGUCCUCCUCUCUCGCAAAGCCGCCCGUCUACGGAAAGAGACCGGCGACGAGCGGUACCAGAGCAAAGACGACUUCGAGAGGGGAUCGUUGAGGGAGAUGAUGAGUACCUCGCUUGGGAGGCCGGUGCAGAUGUUGUUGCGCGAACCGGUGUUGAUUGCGAUCACGGCGUGGAUUAGCUUUACUUGGGGCGUCCUAUACCUCUUCCUCGUCUCGAUUCCUUACGUCUAUAGCAAAGUCUACCACUUCAACACGGGCGAGGCGGGAGUCGUGUAUGUUGUGCAAUUUAUCGGAAGCGCGCUGGGAAUGGCUUACGACCAGUGGUGCUCGCGCUACUACCGCCGCAACGUGGAGAAGCGCGGACCUGAAGCGCGCUUGUACUCAGCUUUCGGCGGCGGCAUCUUCGUCCCCCUCGGCGCCUUCAUCUUCUGCUUCACGUCCUACCCUCAGUGUCACUGGAUCGGAUCCGCCAUCGGGAUUGUUAUCUUAUACAUUGGGAUGUAUCUCACCUACCUUACGGCCUUCUCCUACCUCGCCGACGCGUACGCGCUGUACGCCUCCUCCGCCCUCUCCGCCAUGUCCUUCGUCCGCAACUGCGUCGGAGCAGUCUUCCCUCUCUUCACACAAAGCAUGUACGACCGCCUCGGGAUCCAAGGCGCGACCGGUCUCACCGCCGGCCUGGGGACACUCCUCUCCGUCACGCCUUUCAUCUUGUUCAUCUAUGGCGCUAGGUUGCGCGCAAGGUCGCCGUUUGCAAAGGAGCUGGCGAGACGGGAGGCGGAGGAACGGGCGAAGAGGGAAGGACAGACGAGGAGGAGUGCGGAGGGAAGUCCGUGCAGGAGCGCUGAGAAGACGCUCGACAGAAAGGAGGCGGUUUGA